UGCCCGAAACAACAAAAACCGAAGUACGUGAUUAGACUAAUCAAGGAAAACUGGGUCAGGAACUUUGGACGGCCAAAGUCUAUUGUUAGUGACCAUGAUGUUCGAUUCACGAGUGAGUUGUGGAAGGCUGCAGCUGCAGAACAAGGUAUGCAGCUACAGAUGACCUCUGGGAACCACCCUGAGGCAAAUCGGCAAGCAGAGCAGCUGAAUCGCGCUCAAGCUGUAGAAAAGAUGCAGAAAGCACAGGCGGUGAUGAUAGAGUUUGAGAACAAACACCACUGCCCAUCUGCAUUCCAAGUAGGGGACAAAGUCUGGGUCAAGUCCUCAGAACUAGGACAGGAGCACGGGAUCUCCAACAAGCUCAUGCCACAGUACUUUGGACCAUGGGAGGUAUGUGAAUCUGCAGCUGUUUCAGUUGAGACAGGUUCAGAUUGUUUGGGGACUGCGUGGGCAGCAUCCUUCUGUUAUGAGGAUCCUGACCGGGAUCAGGACCCGGAGCAGGAUGAGUUUCAGGCCCUUGCUGCCUUCUUCCUUCAUCUAAAGGAACAGAAGAAAAGCAAGUCUGAUCUCAUCAUGCUUCGGCCCCUGAUCAAUCGCACCAGGAUCACUGAGUUGUUGGACUGUGGAGCCACCAGGAACUUCAUGUCUCCUAGUGCAGUUAAAAAGCUCCAUCUGGGCAUGAAAGUCCAGCAGCUGCAGCAGCCGCUGCUAGUGAGGAUUGGUGACUCUACAGUGUUAAGCAUCAGGGAGAAGGUCAAGAGUAUCCCUGUGACCUUCAUGUCUCCUAGUGCAGUUAAAAAGCUGCAUCUGGGCAUGAAAGUCCAGCAGCUGCAGCAGCCGCAGCUAGUGAGGAUUGGUGACUCUACAGUGUUGAGCAUCAGGGAGAAGGUCAAGAGUAUCCCUGUGACCUUCCGCAGUGCUGGAGAAGUCAGACACAGUCUGCACUUCUACAUCUUCCCUGAGCUGCCCUUUGACUUGUUAUUCUCCAUGCAGUGGCUGAAGGCAGUCAACCCAAGGAUCGACUGGCAAAUACCAAAGGUUGAGCUACCUAAUAGUCAGGGUGUGUAUCAGCCAUGCAUGAUUGUCGUUGAUCACCACCCUAAGACAUCGUGCUACUGCCUGAGAGCGAGGGAGUUUUAUUCUCUCUCCCGCCAGUACGACCAUGAGCGUCUGUUUAUUGCUUUGGUCAAGCAAAGAGAUGCUCCCCCUGUUUCCUGUCCUCCUGAGAUAAAGCACGUGGUUGACAAGUAUGCUGAUCUGAUGCAGGAGCCCUUUGGAUUACCCAACCGGCCAACCAAGCAUCACAUUGAGCUACUGCCUGGGUCGGUACCUCCCAAGGGCCGCAUAUACAGGAUGUCCCCUGCUGAGCUAGAGGAGCUCGGAAAGCAGCUUGAGACCCUGAUCAGCAUGGGCUGGAUUAGACCCAACACUUCUGAAUUCCGUGCACUAGUUCUCUUUGUACCCAAAGGGAAUGGCGAAUUCAAAAUGUGUAUUGACUACAGGGGUCUCAACAAGAUCACUAGGAAGAGUACAGAGCCACUUCCUAGGAUCGACGACCUCCUGGACAUGGUGCAGGGGUGCACAGUGUUCAACAAAGUCGACCUCAAAUCUGGCUACCACCAAAUUGAGAUGGCAGAGGAGGAUGUCUACAAGACAGCCUUCAAGACCAGGUAUGGAACUUACGAGUUCCUGGUCAUGCCAUUCGGACUUUGCAAUGCCCCAGACACCUUCCAGACAGAGAUGCACCGCAUCUUCAGGCCUUACCUGGACAAGUUCAUGGUGGUCUACCUGGAUGACAUCCUGGUAUACAGCCGGACUGCCAGGGAACAUGCGGAGCACUUGGCUCUUGUCCUUCAGUCAUUACGUGACAGCCACUAUAAGAUCAACAGAGAGAAGUCCUCCUUUGCAGUUCCCUCUGUCAUCUAUCUGGGUCAUGUAAUCUUUGGAGAUGGCCUGGCUCCUGAAGCAGCCAAGAUUCUUGCUAUUCAGGAGUGGCCUCAGCCACAGACAGUGAGGGAUGUCAGGUCCUUCAUGGGUCUAGCCCCGUACUACAGAAAGUUUGUCAGGAACUUUUCUGCAGUGGCUGCAUCCCUGACCAACCUAACAAAGAAAGAUACUCCCUUUCUUUGGUCCCUUCCCUGUCAGUUGGCCUUCACACGACUCAAGAAGGCCUUGACUCGUGCGCCUGUGCUGAAGUUACCUGACCCCACUUUGCCAUUCAUCCUGACCAAUGACGCCAGUCAGUAUGGCAUUGGGGCAGUUCUUCAGCAGGAUGAUGGGAAUGGUCUACGGCUUGUAGAGUUUAUGAGUAAGAAGAUCAAGACUCAAAAGCUCCAGGACUCCAUCUACGAGAAAGAGCUAUACGCUCUUGUCUGUGCCCUGAAACACUGGAAAUACUUUCUCCUGGGGAGACACUUCAAGAUUUUUUCAGAUCACUCCACCUUGCAGUGGAUGAAAUCCCAGGGAGAGUUGAAUAAUAAGUUGGCACGAUAUAUUCAGUUCAUCGACAUGUUUGACUUUGAAAUGAAGCAUAAGAAGGGCUGCUACAACAAGGUAGAAGAUGCCCUCUCUCGUAGGCCUGACUCUUUUGCUCUGAUCUCCUCUACUCACUCCUUUGGAGAGGAGACCCGUCAGACCAUUGCCCGUCUACUGCCUCAGGAUGAGACUUUCAGACCCAUCGUCAGGAAUAUGCAAGCAGAUCGUAACUCUGAACCAGGCUAUGGUUUGAGUUCAGACCUGCUGUAUACUUACAGCAGAGGGGAGGAACGCUUGUGCAUUCCUCAGGACCAGUGGCUCAGGACACUGCUGAUGUCAGAGUGUCAUGACGCUCGUGGGCAUUUUGGGUUCCUAAAGUCUUAUGCAGCCCUGUUCCAGUGCUUCUUCUGGAAGGAGAUGUGGAGUGAUAUGCUGCGUUAUGUGGACACCUGUGAGCUCUGCCAAAGGAAUAAGGUCCACCGUAGACCUCCUUUGGGAUUGCUCAAACCCUUGCCCAUACCUGAUGGCCCUGCUGAAUCUGUGGCGAUAGAUUUCACAGAUUUAGUCAAGACCACCCCUCGUGGCAUGCGUCAGGUUAUGUUCUGCGUUGACAGGUUCUCCAAAUACGCAGAGUUCAUCCCCUUGCCAGAGAUAGCUAGGGUUCCGGUUGUGAGAGCAGCCUUUUCUGAGAGUUGGGUCACUCACCAUGGACCGCCCGCUUCUAUCGUCAGUGACAGAGACCUCAGAUUUUGCAGCGAUGAGUGGCAGUCCUAUUGUAAGGAUUACCUGCACUCACAAUUGGACAUGACCUCUGGUCAUCAUCCUAAAGCCAAUGGUCAGGCUGAGGUGAUGAACCAAGUCCUAUUCCAAUUGCUGCGUCAGUCCCUACCGGUUGCACUGGGGGCGUGAACCACGACAGCCUCUCGAUGACAUCAUCGAUAAGGCUAAGCCUGAUCUGACACCAAGCACAACAGAG